AUGGAUCGCAUUCAAAAGCUAGAAAAAGAAAUAAAUAACUUGCGUAAAGCUUUACAAGAAAAAGAAAGUGAAUUGUUUGAAAUGAAAAGAAAUUGGAUGCCGGUACAUCCAAAUAAUAAUUUAAAUCAAGAAGAUGCCGCACAAUUACAACAACAUAACUUGAAGAAUGUGACCAAAGUGUAUUACGGUGAUAAACUUCCCAAGUGGGCUAUUGAAAGGUACAGUCGACAAAUACUUCUCCCGGAUAUCGGAGUUCAAGGUCAGGAGAAGCUAUGUGCUGCGAAGGUGCUGGUGGUAGGAGCCGGGGGACUCGGAUGUCCAGCGUCAGUUUAUCUGGCCGGCGCUGGUGUUGGCGAAAUCGGGAUAGUGGAUUAUGACAGUGUGGACCUCACAAACAUUCACAGACAGAUCUUGCACACUGAAAGAGAUCAGAACACUAGUAAAGCAGAGUCAGCUGCGGACACAUUGAGAAGCAUCAACUCCCACAUCAAGAUCACUCCGUACACCGUCCAGCUGGAUUCGAACAACGCCCUGGGUAUUGCGUCCCGAUACGACGUGAUCCUCGACUGCAGCGACAAUGUGCCCACUAGGUACUUGCUGAACGACGUGUGCGCAAUCGCUAAGAAACCGUUAAUAUCUGGCAGUGCCUUGAAAAUGGAAGGCCAACUGACGGUAUAUGGAUAUCGAGCUGACAGAAACCACAACGAGAAGGAUCUAUCGCACCAAGGCCCAUGCUACCGCUGCGUGUUCCCGAACCCCCCACCAGCUGAGGCCGUUGGCAGCUGUUCGGCGAAUGGAGUGGCGGGGCCGGUUCCAGGAGUUAUUGGUGCUUUACAGGCUUUGGAAGCGAUCAAACUAAUUGUUGGGCAAACGCACGAGAAGUUACUCGUCGGCAGGUUACUUAUCUUUGAUGGAGAGGACGUCACCUUUAGAACGGUUAAACUGCGCCCACGUAACUCGCAGUGUGCUGCCUGUUCAGAAUCACCGACUAUCACCCGACUUGUCGACUACGAAGCGUUUUGUAAAGCGCAAGCCAAAGAGAAGGACCUGGAUCUUCAAAUUCUUUCACCUGAAUACCGUAUCACGGCCUCACAAUUGGAGGAGCAGCUGAAAAAGUUGAUUCUUGAGGUGGACUCAAAUCAAAAGGAACGCCAUCUGUUGGUAGAUGUUCGAAGCGAAGCGGAGUUCAACAUGUGCCGCAUAGAUGGCGCUGUCAACUAUCCAAUCGAUCAAUUUCGAGGGGACAAGGUGGACGAGAUUUUGCGAAUGGUCAACGAUAAGAAUCAAGUGACAUUCGUCUGUAGAAGAGGAAACGACUCUCAAAUAGCAGCGAAGAUGGUUAUAGACCUCAUUGAUGAAGAGCAUAAAGGCAACGUGAAGGAUCUGGUUGGCGGACUCCACGCUUGGUCCGAUAGUGUAGAUAGAGACUUUCCGAUCUAUUGA